UUUUCCGCCAUAGAUACUGACCGACGUCAUAUCUCAUAGUCGAUUUCGGGGCUGUUGAUUGCUCCAAUGAUCUGGUGAUACCACAACAUACCUGUUCCGCCACACAGAAUGGGAGUUUUGAAGCAGAAGUAAUCCAAAUGUUUCAAAAUUUUAGACGAGUCAUUCCAGCCUACCACUUCUUAGUGUCCAGGACUACUCAGCGAUCGUUUAGCAGGCAUGAUGGACUGGUAAAAGUUCAGCGAGUGAGGUUCAAAAGGCCAUGGUUUAGAAGAGGGAUAUCCACGAUACUUACCGCGGUCGUUGCGACACAAGUGUAUUUCGCGCUCAUCGGACCUUCACUGGAUCGUUUGGAGGAUGUGGAUGAACAUAUUGAUGAAGACAGUUCCCUGCAAUCAAAAAUCCAUACUGAGAGAGAUAGGCACCGCGACAAUGACGGUGUGCCAUUCAUUCCAAUCGGCCUUCCCUAUUCCGUACCUGGUGGACUGUAUACUGAAAAUGAUCCUGAAUGGAAAACGUUCAGGUCAUAUGCACUUGAGACAACCAAAUUUAAACAAUUAAGAGCGGAGUUAGUAGCCCAAGCGACAGCGAUCGUGAACCGAAAGCCUACGGUGAAAGCUAUUAUCGAUGUGACUGGUUCGCCGCUUAAGCCAAACAAAUACACCACCAUUAGGCCCGCUUUCCCCAGCGAGAAACCGUCGGGCUAUGUCCAACCGGGGUUCGAGCUUAGAGACGACGACAUAGCAUGGACGACCCGCCCGAUACCAACAAACCGUGGCGACUGGAUUCGGAGCGUAUUCGAACCGUGGCCCCUUGUGAUUUCAGCCUGGGCAGCUGGGGAGUAUUUGGUAACAGCAAAACUAGCAAAACUUCGAAAACUAUUUGGGGUUGCGUCGUCAGACCUGGGUGAAGAAAAAAAAGUCAACAAUCAGCAUAGCAGAACCCAUUCGAGCUCUAGUGGCCCGUCCGAUGUUGUUAGAUCCCGUCAGAAAUAUCCCAUUACGACCGAAACAACUCAGGGAGAAAUUGCUAAUCAUGGGAACUCCACGGAUUUUGAGCCUCCCAAGCCCAGUUCGGCUCUGCAGAAAGAACCUGGGGUACCGGGAGAGCCGGCCUCCGACUUCCGCAACGCCAUGAAAAUAUUUACAUUAUUCCUGCUGCUAACCCGGCGGAAAAACACAAACAAAACCCCGCAACAUGGAUCCUUCAAGAUGAAUGGCGUUGUCAGAUUCAGAGGCCCUAAAGGUGGCUGUGAAGCUCACGUUGUGGGAAUCUACGAGCCAACCACGAAAAACUGGUAUAUGAUAGAAGUACAGAUACUUCACACAUUUCCUUAUAGAUCGGAUGCCGCUAACAGGCUACCGCCACAAAGAGCGGUGCUGGAAUCCAAUGUGCCCGAUUCUUGAAAUUUUUAUGACCCGAACCAGACUAAAUGUGACGCACUUGUACAUGUACAUACAUAUAAUUACUAUUAGCACUGCUUUUCCCCUCCUACAUUACCGACUUUCACCUGUCCAAUCGUUUCUGUCAUUUUCCCAUGUUUUCCCCUUCCCAGCGGCAGUCGCUUUCUCUAGACACUCGAUUGACUAUUUUCUUCUUGCUUACGCUACCUCUUUUUUAUAUUUUACUUUCGAAUCGGUGUUUAUCUCAAUUGGCUGGUGGUGGCGUCUAAGAUGUUUUGUUUUACAUCAGGAACGAUUGGGGUUUUUUUUUUU